AUGGCCGAGAACGCAUCAUCUCCAUCUCCGCUUCCGCCGGUUCGCAGGAUCGUCACCGGCCACAACUCAACUGCGACGGCCGUCAUUAAGGAUGACGCUGAGAUUCCCGGAAUCCCUCUCAGCAUCGGCCCGUCCCUGACGCCCCUGUGGGCAACGGAAGAACUCCCCGCCGAUGUCUCAUCCCCGGAAGACAAGGGCCAGCUGGAGACGGGCCUCGUCAACGACGGUGCCAUUCUGAGGAUCCUGGAUGUUCCCCCUGGCGCAAAGUUCCCGCUCCACCGGACCAUUUCCCUGGAUUACGUCUAUGUCGUCCAGGGUGAGGUCACCCUCACUUUGGACGACGGUUCGAGGACGAAGGUGAAGGCGAACGAUGUGGUCGUUCAGCAGGCGACCAUGCACGGUUGGGAGAACGAGACCAACCAGUGGGCGAGGAUUCUGCUGGUUAUGAUGAGGUCCCAGCCGCCUUUUACUGGGGGCAAGGCGUUGGAGGAGGACGUUGGCUUCGAGGUCGAAUAA